AUGUCACAAGAAGAAGCGGAUUCCAGUAUUGUUUAUGAGGAACCCAUUGAUAUUCCGUUAGAGGAUGACGACGAUGAAGAUGAAAUGGAAGAAGAAGAAAACACUGUACCUCUAAGCAGCCAGGCGGAUCAGGAAAAUGGGGAGAAUGAUUCAGACAAUAGUGUCGAUAACGUAAUUGGAUCUGAAACUCCCAGAAGUGUAACGGGCCUUUCUGCUGACCCAAGAGACAUUGCAGACGAGGAAGACGACGAUGAAGAAGGGGAAGAGGAAGAGGAAGAUGAAAAUGAUGUUGACAAUGACGACGAAAAUGAUAUUGAUAAUGCCAACGGAAAUGACAGUGAAUUAGGAAAUUCUGGGGAUAAGAGGGCACAACCUGCUGUGCAGGCUAGUAAACGUUAUAAGAAAUAUCCAAAGCUAGAUCCCACGAAAGCACCUCCCGGAAAGAAAGUGCCGCUACAUCUUUUAGAGAAAAGAAGACUAGGUCGUAUUAAGGCUGCCGAAGAGUUUGCCAAAACGUUAAAAAAAAUUGGUAUUGAGAAAGUGGAGACGACUACUUUACCUGCCACUGGUUUAUUCCAGCCUUUAAUGUUAAUCAACCAAAAGAACUACUCAUCAGAUUACCUGAAAAAAGACGAUCAAAUAUUUGCUCUUAGAGAUCGAAAAUUUUUGAGAAAUAAUAAUACUAGUCAAAUGUCUAGUACCAACACACCAGAUGUGAUAGAUUUGAAGAAUUUGCCCCACUCGGAAGUUAGUAUAGCACCACUUAAUGACGAAAUAGAUCUAAACGAUCCAACUGCAACUAUUGUGAUACAUCCUGGCUCUAACUCUAUAAAAAUAGGAUUUCCCAAAGAUGAACACCCCGUAGUAGUUCCAAAUUGUGUAGCGGUGCCUAAAAAAUGGCUGAACCUUGAAAAUAGUGAGCAUGUUGAAAAUGUUUCCCUGCAAAGAGAACAGUCAGAAGAGUUUAACAAUAUAAAAUCGGAGAUGGAAAAGAAUUUUAGAGAACGUAUGAGGUAUUAUAAAAGAAAGGUGCCCGGGAAUGCUCACGAACAAGUAGUAUCCUUCAAUGAAAAUUCCAACCCCGAGAUUAUUACAGAAAAAAACGAUCCAUCUCCUAUAGAAUGGAUAUUUGAUGACUCAAAAUUAUACUAUGGAUCAGACGCAUUGAGAUGCGUGGACGAUAAAUUUGUCAUUAGAAAGCCUUUCAAAGGUGGCUCUUUUAACGUCAAGUCACCAUAUUAUAAAUCAUUGGCGGAAUUAAUCUCGGACGUUACCAAUCUUUUGGAGCAUGCACUUAAUUCAGAAACUUUAAAUGUUAAGCCUACCAAAUUUAGUCAGUACAAGGUUGUGUUGGUGAUACCAGAUAUAUUCAAGAAAAGUCAUGUAGAAACUUUCAUUAGAGUUUUACUCACCGAAUUACAAUUUCAAGCAGUCGCUAUUAUACAAGAAUCGUUGGCAACUUGCUAUGGUGCUGGGAUCAGUACCUCCACAUGCGUAGUGAAUAUAGGCGCUACUGAAACCAGGAUCGCCUGUGUUGAUGAAGGAACAGUCUUGGAACAUAGUGCAAUUACGUUAGAUUAUGGCGGAGAUGAUAUUACAAGACUCUUUGCACUAUUAUUACUGCAAAGUGACUUUCCUCUACAAAAUUGGAAGAUCGAUUCUGAACAUGGUUGGCUUCUUGCUGAACAGUUGAAGAAGAAUUUUACUACUUUUCAAGAUGCUGAUGUAGCCGUACAGUUAUACAAUUUCAUCAAUCGUUCACCUAACCAGCCGACUGAAAAGUACGAAUUCAAGCUGUUCGAUGAAGUUAUGCUAGCACCACUGGCCUUAUUUUUCCCACAAAUUUUUAAGUUGAUACGGACUUUCUCUGACAAGAAUUCUAGCCUAGAGUUUCAAUUGCCUGAAUCUCGUGACCUCUUUACCAACGAAUUGAACGACUGGAACUCUUUGUCACAGUUCGAAAGCAAAGAAGGAAAUUUGUAUUGUAAUUUGAAUGAUGACCUUAAGAUUUUAAACAAAAUACUGGAGGCCCAUAACAUAAUUGAUCAGCUUCAAGAUAAGCCCGAAAACUAUGGGAAUACUUUAAAGGAGAAUUUUGCGCCUUUAGAGAAAGCUAUCAUUCAAAGUAUCGCCAAUGCCUCUAUAACGGCAGAUGUGACAAGAAUGAACUCAUUCUAUUCGAACAUUCUAAUUGUCGGUGGCAGUUCCAAAAUACCUGCUUUAGAUUUUAUCUUAACCGAUAGAAUCAACAUUUGGAGGCCCUCUUUAUUGAGUUCGGCAUCGUUCCCUCAGUUUUACAAAAAACUGACUAAGGAAAUCAAAGAUUUAGAAGGUCAUUUCGUGAGUGCCCCUGACAAGACUGAAGAAGAAAACAAACAAGUUUUGCAAACCCAAAUCAAGAAAAAGGUCAUAGAAGAGCUGGAAGAGCAACAUCAAAAUAUUGAGCACCAAAACGGCAAUGAACACCUUUUUCCUAUAAGCAUUAUUCCACCACCACGUGAUAUGAAUCCUGCUUUAAUAAUUUGGAAAGGUGCGAGCGUUUUGGCGCAAGUCAAGCUUGUCGAAGAACUAUUUAUUACAAACAGCGACUGGGAUGUCCACGGAAGUAGAAUCUUACAAUAUAAAUGUAUUUUCACGUACUAG